GAACAGAGAAGAUAAGUCAGUGGCAGGUUGAGGGUGUGCACAGAUGUCUCUGGCUAAUGGUUAUCCCCCAGGCAAUCUCUACAGUCCCAGGAGUAUACGCUCAUGGAAAGAUAUAUCCCUGCCUGGCAGUGUUUGCUUUAAACAAAAUGUGGAGCAGAAUCAGCAGAACAGCCUCUGGUAGCAGUGAAUGCACCCAGGAGCGCAUGAAUGAUGGGUGGAGGCUAUAGUUUUGAUUUCUUUGAGCAUAGUUAUGAAAUCAGAGGUGCUUAGCAAUACUGUUGAUUUUAAAAUGAUUUUCUGUGCUCUUUGUUUCACUAGCUCCAAUCCAUGUACAGCCCAGCUCCAGACACCAGGAUUUCACUCUUGGACCCAUUUACCCCAGCCCCAUCACUACACCCUCCCCUUUGUUUCUGUCUCACCCUCCACCCUCCAGGCAGGUAUAGCAGCCCUCUGAUUCAUUUUCCCUCUUCGUGACUCAGCGUGUCUAUUAUUGCAUAUAGGGCAUCAUCUCAGCAACAACAGCAGUGCAGUGAAGUCUCCCUACAACUGGAGCGGACUCACAAAAAGUAAUUUUUCUUCUGUUUGGGUUUUGUUUUAUUGCUGUGAGGAUUAUUAUUUUGGUUUGUUCUUUUUUUUACUUUGAAGAAAAUUACUGAAUACUUUACUUUUUUGAUGAAAAGGACUGAAUUACUGUCUGGGCAGCUGAUGUUUUGUUGACUAGCUAGUUGUUUUCAGCCUGAUUAGGGGUCUUUUGUUCUCUGACUUACACAUUUACUUACAAACUGGUUCUUUUUCUAAAUGAUUUUCUGACUGUUUUUGCUGCCUAUUUACUGACUCGCAGGCUGAAAAACUUUCUCUUUUGUUCAGUGACUGACUGACUGACCAAUUAAAUUGCUACUAUACACGGUACACUGGCAGACUGGUGAUCUUAUUCAUUGACUGGCUGGCUGAUCUACUUGCUGAAUGGCUAGGAGCGGCAUCAUCGCUGUCGGAGGCUUUGUGACUGGAUCUGGAGAUUUGUCAAGAAGAGGAGAGGCUGUUUGCAGGAAAAAUAAACUUAAAAAAGAUUACAACCAAGAGGCAGCAGAGUAGAGAAGAAAAUCUGGGAGCACACAAUCUGGAUUAGGGAGCAAAAGCAAGGGAGACUGUCGGGAAGGGAAAGGUGAGUGGAGGAGGCGUAGUGGCAGAGAGAGAAAGAGAGAGAGAUCUGUUUGAGAGAGGAGGAGAGGAAAGUGAGUUCACCCACACCCUGAGAUGCUGUGCUGGCUGAGAGAAGACGAGAUGUCGGUCCAGGAGCUGCUACAGAGGGUGCAGUGUGUCAUCACUCAUAUUGAUGAGAUCAUGCAGCAGGAGAUCAGGCCCCUGCUGGCUGUAGACAUCAUAGAGCAGCUGCAUCGAAAAUUUGCCUUGCUCUCAGGUGGGCGAGGGAAAGAUGGUGCCCCCAUCAUCACCUUCCCAGAGUAUUCAGGCUUCAGUGAAGUGCCAGCGGAAGACUUCCUCAAUGUAGUUACUUAUCUGACCAGCAUCCCCAGCAUGGAUGCAGCCAGUAUUGGGUUCAUCAUCAUCAUCGACAGGCGGAAGGACAAAUGGAGCUCAGUAAAAGCCUCUUUAUCAAGGAUUGCUGGGGCAUUUCCAGGAAACCUGCAGCUGGUGUUGGUGCUAAGGCCCUCCAGGUUCUUCCACAGGGCUAUAGCAGACAUCGGGAUCAAGCUGCACAAGGACGACUUUAAAAUGAAGAUCGUGAUGCUGAACUCUCUGUCAGACCUACAUGGCUAUGUGGAUAAAGGCCAGCUGACUCAGGAGCUAGGAGGAUGCCUGGAGUACUGUCACAGUCAGUGGAUACACCACCGCACUGCGAUAGAGAACUUUGCCACAACAGUGAAAAGCACGGCCCAGAUGUUACAGACGUUUGGGUCAAACCUAGCAGAGAUGGAGCUGCCCAAUGAUGUCCAGUGCACCAAAGACCUGCUAUCAGCACACACUGACAAACACAACAGCCUCAAGGAUGAACUGAAGCUAGCUUUGAAGCAGGGCUCCACCUUGUUAGGUUGCAUCAAGGAUCAGGCAGCUAAGUCAGAGAAUCACAAACUCAACCCAGACGAGAUGGAGAACCAAACCACUGUGGAAAGGCUCUUGGCCCAGCUGGAUGAGACAGACAACGCCUUUGCACAGUUCUGGUGUAAACACCAUCUGAAACUGGAGCAGUGCCUGCAGCUACGUCACUUUGAACAAGACUUCAGAGAGGUCAAAGUGUCUCUAGACAGUUUCAUGGACAGUCUCACCAGCUUAUCAGUUAUUGGGGAAAGUGUGGCUGCUGUUGAACACCUGCUAAAGGAAUUGAAAUCACUGGAGGAGAAGGCUCAGCCCACACUAGAAAAGGCCCAGCUCCACGCGCAGCACGGUGACCAACUGAUCCAGAGCAACCAUUAUGCUGUGGACUCUAUUCGACCCAAAUGUGUAGAACUGCGGCGGGUGUGUGAUGACUUCAUCAAUGAGGCCAAGAAAAAGACAGAUGUCUUGUCCAAAUCUCUGCAGAUACACAUGGGCAUUGACAAGGUAAGGGCAUGAUACAAACUUUACACAUCUACAGACGUUGCAUUUAGAAACGAGGUUGAUUCCCUGCAGCGGGAUCAUCUGUCAUCUACAUGUGUAGAUGAAAAAGUCCAAAGAGUGA